GCAACCACCGCUGGAGCGCACAGGAAAGAAAGAAAGAAAGUGUUGUAUACUGAUAUCGCGUGUCACACUACGUUUUCAUGAUAAUCGCUUAUCGGCCACGCGAGCAGCAGUCGGCAGAUCACAUGUUCAUCACCCUAUAAAAGGGGCACGGCAUCAAUAAACGUUGUCUGUCCCACCCUGGCGUCCGGCUGAUACGCUACAGUUGGCGACGAGGAAGCGGCGGUGAUGGCCGUCGGCAGGAUCGGCGAGUAUCAUCUCGGCACAAACGCGUCAUGGGACGAAUACGUCGAGAGGCUAGAAAUGUUCUGCGAAGCUAACAAGAUAGCGAAAGAAGAACAGAAAAGAGCCGUCCUGCUGAGUUGUUGCGGCGAAGAAGCGUACGGGCUCAUCAUGACUCUGGUGAAGCCAGCAAGACCGACAACAGCAACCUACGAGGAAAUUAAGACGGCGGUUCGCAAGCACCUGCAUCCAAGGCCUUCAGAGCUAUACGCAAGGUUUUUGUUCUACAAGAGAAACCAGGCUGCCGAGGAAUCAGUUGCGGACUACGUCACGGCGCUUCGGAAGCUAGCCGAAGACUGCAGUUUUGGCGACGUGCAGCUCCCGAUGGACAUCAUGAUGCGAGAUCGUUUCGUAUGCGGCCUCCAGAACGAAGCAGUUCAACAGCGACUUCUCGCAGAACACGACCUUACGUUCAACGUUGCGUACGACAUGGCCGCGACCGCAGAAGCGACAGCCAAGCAACAACGAGACAUACGGAUGCACGGCCGAGACGAGGCGAAGGACUGCCAGGGCAUGAUACAAGCAACCCGCACGAAGCAAGACGCCACGGCAGAGGGAUCUAGUUGCUACCGUUGCAACGGGACCUUCCUGGCUUCAACGGACCACCAAUUCACAUCGAACUGAAAGACGACGCUCAACUAGUGUUUCUCAAAAGUCGACCAGUUCCACUGGCCCUCAAGGACGACGUGGGCAAGGAAGUGGAUCGCUUGGUGCAACAAGGGAUAUGGGAACCCGUCGCGUACUCCAACUGGGCCACGCCACUGGUAGUGGUAAGAAAAAAAGACGGAACUUUACGCCUGUGCGGUGACUACCGUAGCACCGUAAACAAAGCUAUUAAAUGCAGCGGGUAUCCGUUGUCCACUACCGCUGAAAUGCUCGCAGCUCUGGGUUCAAGCAAAUUUUUUACAAAGCUAGAUCUAGCUCAAGCUUAUCAACAGCUAACGCUAGACGACGAAUCGGCUGAAGUGCUCACAGUUAACACGAUAAAGGGGCUGUACAAAGUCAAACGGCUGCCGUUUGGAAUUUCGGUGGCGCCAUGGGUAUUUCAACGAGUCAUUGAUACGCUGUUAGCAGGCAUUCCCGGCGUGAAAGCCUAUCUUGAUGAUAUCUUUAUUUCUGGCCGUAACGCGGAAGAGCACGCCGAGAGAUUAGAAACCGUGCUAUCGCGUCUGCAGAAUGCGCAGUUAAGAGUAAACAAAGACAAGUGCGAAUUCAACAAGCCGAGCAUUGAAUUCUUGGGUCACAGGAUUGACGCCACGGGAAUACAUCCGAGCCGAAGCAAGACUGACGCCAUCCAUAAAGCGCCCGCACCCACGAGCAAAAAGGAGCUGCAAGCGUUCUUGGGGUUACUAAAUUUUUACAGCAGUUUUCUCAAGGGCAAGACUGAAGUGGCAGAACCCCUCUAUCGACUGCUCGACCAUGACCACGAAUGGAAGUGGACAGGUGAGCACCAACGUGCGUUUGAAAGACUAAAAAAAUUGCUUAGCUCCGACUCUGUACUUGUGCCCUAUGACACCAAGCUUCCUUUAAUUUUGUGCUGCGACGCAUCUCCUGUGGGAGUGGGGGCAGUGCUAGCCCAUCAUACGACUGAUGGGAAGGAACAGCCCAUAGCGUAUGCUUCCCGGACGCUUGGAGCCAGUGAACGUAACUAUGCUCAGAUUGAUAAAGAGGGCUUAGCUGUUGUCUUUGGCGUGAAACGGUUCCACCAGUACCUUGCUGGGCGAGAAUUUACGGUCAUAACGGACCACAAGCCAUUACUGGGCCUGUUUAACACGGACAAGAGGGUGCCUGAAGUUGUGUCGCCCAGAAUGCUCCGUUGGAUUUUAUGUUUGUCUGCGUAUAACUACAGCCUUCAGUACAGGCGAGGCCAAGAAAACGCCAACGCCGACGCACUCAGUCGUCUGCCAGCUCCGGGAGACGAAGACGAGCCACAGCCACCUGGGGACGUGCUCCUGUUGAAAGCGGUCGAGUGCACACCGCUGCAGGCGGCAGACAUCGCUGCACUGAUCAAGAAGGACAAAGUAUUAUCCAUGGUAAAGGAAUGGAUCCUUAGUGGCUGGCCGUCAACACAACUGGACAGCAAGUUCGCGCCUUACGAGGUGAGGAAGACGGAGUUGUCGUUGCAUCGUGAUUGCAUACUGUGGGGGAAUCGCGUUGUAAUUCCUAACGCAGGAAGAGAAAGUGUGCUUCAACUCCUACAUGCAAAUCACUCUGGGAUGAGUGCUAUGAAAGCGUUAGCUAGAGGGCUCAUGUGGUGGCCGAAAAUGGACCACGAAAUUGAAGAGUUUGUACGACACUGUCAGCCAUGUCAGAGUAACCGGCAAAGCGAUCCCAAGGUUCCAGUGCAUUUUUGGAUCAAGCCAGAUCAACCUUGGAGUCGCCUACACAUUGAUUUCGCUCGUCCAGUUAAUGGAGAAGUAUUUUUAAUCGUGGUAGACGCGUACAGCAACUGGGCUGAGGUCGAAAUCAUGUCAUCCAUGAAAGCUACAGCUGUCGUCACCAGCUUAAGGAAGAUGUUUGCGACACGGUGUGC